AUGGAAGAACGACUUCUUGCGGAGGAUGCUAGUGCUUCCGAAGGAGAUGAAGGUGCUGAGAUGGGUGCGUCUCAAAUCCCAAUAUUCCAUGCACCAGUGGUCGCGCAAAUGCCGCAGUUGCAUGACGUUGCGUCUGCCCCAUUAGGUAUUCAUCAUGAAGUUGCAAGUGACGAAACUGUAAUUCCUUUUUGGGAAGGAAUUUCGCAUUAUUCCUACAUUGAUUGGAGUUAUCAGAGCGAACAAGAAUCAUGCACUGAUGGUUCGGUCUCAGGAUCGGGUUCAAUACAAGGGAUGAUAAAGGAAGAACCAUCUGUGUCAAUCUCUUUGGUGCAAGAAAGGAUAACCUCUAAAUAUGGCUUUAAAGUUUCCUACAGAAAGGCGUGGUAUGCGAAGCAGAAAGCGAUGGCAAUUAUGUACGGUGAUUUGGCAAUUAUGUACGAGCAGACCUUAGUGACUGGAAAAAAGGUGUUUCAUCGCAUAUUUUGGACGUUUAGACAGUGUUGUGAGGCGUUCAAAUUUGCCAAACCCGUCAUACAAAUUGAUGGAACACAUUUAUAUGGGAAGUACAAAGGCAAAUUGUUGGUGGUCACAGCCCAAGAUGGUAAUGAUGAAUGUUUACCGAUUGCUUUUGCCAUCGUUGAAGGCGAGACCUUGGAUGCAUGGGACUUUUUUCUUGUUAAUAUUCGUGCUCAUGUUACUGACAUGUCAAACAUAUGUUUGAUCUCUGAUCGGCAUCGUAGUAUAAUAUCUGCUAUGGAGAAAAAUCCUAAUUGGCAGCCACCAAAUGCAUAUCACCUCUUUUGUAUUCGUCAUAUUGCAAACAACUUCAAUCAAAAGUUUCGGAAUGAAGGUUUGAAGCGGAUGUUAAAGAAUUUAGGUUAUACUCCGGCCAUGGUUGAUUUUGAAAGGAAUCUUGCGAGCUUCCGUGAAAGUAGUCCUCAAAUUGUUGAGUGGAUUGAUGCGAUCCCUAAGAAAAAGUGGUCGCGAGCCUACGAUAUUGAAGGACGGAGGUACGGUCAUAUGACAACAAAUUUGGCAGAAUCUGUGAACAGGGUUUUGAAGGGGGCCAGAAAUAUGCCGAUAACUGCAUUGGUUAAGCAUACAUAUAGCAGAUUGGUUCAAUAUUUUGUUGAGAGAGGAACAAAUGUCGUUGCACAACUUGAAUCAGGUCAUCGUCACUGCAAAAAUGUUGUUGAAUUGGUCAAGAAAAACCAGGUAGAUGCAACCGGCCACCACGUUCGUGCAUACAAUGUGGAACAUACCGUCUUCGAGGUUGAUGCUGGUUGGGAGCGUUCAUAUUCUGUCAAUCUCCCACAGAGAUUCUGUCAGUGUGGAAAGUUUAAGGCCUUUAAGUAUUCGUGUAGUCACGCCGCUGCUGCUUUAAGUGUUAGACAGAGUUCGUUCAUGUACGUAGACGAUGUCUUCUUGACAAGUAACUUGGUCGAGGCUUAUGCUUUUCCCUGGGAUCCAAUCGAAAACGAGGAAGCAAUACCUGAAAGUAGUGGUCCAAAGAUUAUUCCCGAUCACACUAUGUUGCGUGCAAAAGGUCGUCCAAAGUCAACUCGCAUCCGCAACGAGAUGGACGAAGUUGAGAUAAGUCAAAGUCGUAUCCGGUGUGGACUGUGCAAGGAACGCGGCUAUAAUCGGCGAGGAUGUCCAAAUCGGGGGAGAAACGACUGA